AUGUCUGCUACAGAUUCGGACAACUCCAUCGACUGGCUUGCUAGCGAUACUGAGGACAGUAACAGCGAACACGAAUCUGAGAGGACUCACAACCAAUCGGCCGCUCCUUCGACCGACACCCGCUGGAGCUGCGAGGCGUCCGCAAGGGGACCUCUGUCCAGCUGUGUGGAAUCAUGGGGCAGAAACGCCAUUGAACUGUGUAAAACGCAACAAGGCGAGAAGAUGAAGCGACGCCGCAGCUUUGCGGAAGAGGAGGGAGGACUGAUCAUUUCCAGUCAGUCCGAGAAGGGGCGCCUAUUUACACGAAAGUGCAUAGAGCUGCAAUGCUACAUUCAGCCACUGUCAUCAAUCUUGAAUGGCCUUCGUUCAGGCAGAUACAGAGAACGACUCAGCAGUUUCCAAGAGAGUGUGGCCAUGGACAGAAUCCAAAGGAUCCUGGGAGUUCUACAGAACCCCUACUUGGGGGAGAAAUAUAUUAGUAUAAUUCUCAAAAUGGAGGAAAUGCUGAAAAGUUGGUUCCCCAACGUAAAACCCCUUCACCAACUGGCUGCCACCCACACAGAGGAAGUCGUUCUAAGCAAGAAACUGAAGCCUUCCCCAGUGACAGCUACAGUGGUUUUGAGCCCUGUCACCAUAAGCGAUACUCCAAUUGCCGCCAAACCCCUGCGAGUCACUGACCUCACACCUCCCGGAGCUUACUCGGCAAGCAAUUUGAAAUGGCUCCACACGUCCCCCAUCUGCUCCCCAACAGUGGAGCAAGCCCAAGCCGCCCCACGGCACGUGUCGUCCCCCAGAGACCUAACGCAGGACAGUGCCGUGUCCUCCAGCACAGACAGCCCCGCUAAUAGAGACUCUGUGCCUAGAGGGCCUCCGCCAGGGAAAAUUAACGCACCAUGUCUGGAGCGCCUCCUCAAGUCGACGGAAAGCAUCAUUUCCCGCAAGGGGACGUCGAGUAUGAUGGACAACAGCUGGUCCUAG